CUUUUAUUGAACGCAUUUGACCCGGAUUUGAAUGUAAUCGACUCUCAGACACGUUGCUCGCAAGCAUGGCUCCGGGUGGGAAAAUCAACAAACCGAAAACAAAAUUAGGGAAGAACCUUUUCAAGAGGCGGAGGGUUCUGACCAAGCAGAAGAGGAAGAAGCACCGCAUUGUAGGAGCAGUGGUGGAUGAAGGUCUCAUAACUAAACACCAUCUGAAAAAGCGGAGCACCAGCUCCAGAGCGAACAUCACCCUUUCUGGGAAGAAAAGACGAAAGUUGCUGAAACAGCUACGCCACAUGGAGAAAGAGAAAGCAGCCAUGGAUGUUGAAGAAGCACCAAAGAAGAAACCGACUCCUGCUGAAAAGAAGAAAGAGAAGAAAAGCGCUGUUGAUGUGGAGAUGAUGGAUUUGAUAUAAAACGAUUUCCCCCGCAUGUAGACCAUACAGAAUGUUCACAUGAACCAUGUGAAGACGAACUGAAAGGAUUUGAAACUUGAUAAAUACUUCAAAACCAAUCAGCAGAACUAUAUCUGAAUUCUCUCUGCAUGUCAGAGCUGGUUCUUGGAGACCAUCUUCUCUGCAGUAUGACGAUUAAACAUCAUUACAGAACGACAGCAAUGCAGAAUGCACAGUUUAAUAAAGACAUGAGGAGGAAACUGUUGGACGAUGUCGAUUAGACUGUAUUGGAGUGUAUUGGAGCAUUUUUUUGAACAAUUAGAUUCAUUAAAUCUUUUUUUCUGACCAAAAAUUAUUUUAUUCUCUUGUUUGGUUUUCUGUGGUGUGGAGACUAAUAAAAAUUCACCUUAGUGUUUA